CCGCUACUGGUGAAUUAAUAUUUCUUUUAAAUUAAAGGUUACAUGAUCAUAGAUGAUUUGGCAGGUGAGACCCUGGUGAGACCAUUGAGAAUAAGAUCAUAGAAGAUAUGAUAAAUCUUAUCUAUCUAUGUAGUAGAUGAUGGACUGAUAUUUUUGUAGGUUAGAUUUAUUUUGCCGCUUAGUGUUCCAAGAUUUUUAUUAGUAUUUUCUUCUUUUUUAAAAGAAAUUACACAAUGUCACAAUUACCUGCAACUUUAACACCAACUAGCUCAGCUGAAGAAAAAAUUUCGCAAGGUAUAACAGCAGAAGUGCCAUGGGGCUGUCUUAUUCCUAAUAGAUUAGGUUUACAAAAAGUUGAUUUAUAUGAUGAAGAAAUUACAUUUGGGAGAUCUUUAGAUUGCACUGUGCGUGCACAAGAAAAAUUUAUUACAAAAGGCAGAAUUAGCUAUAUCAGUAUGUUACAUUUUAUAGUAAAUAUAAAAGCCAACCGUUUCCCUGUUAUUCGCGAUGUAAGUAGAAAUGGUACAUGGGUAAAUGGAAUCCUUGUUGGAAAAGAGAAGGAAGUUAUUCUCCAAGAUGGGGACAAGAUUUCAGUAGGCAUGAAAAACUACACUAUUUUUUUGUUCAAACAAAUGAUUCAACAAAAAGAUGUGCCUGACGAAGUGCUUAAGAAAUUUGUGAUUUUAGAAACUUUGGGCCACGGGGCUUUUGGUAAAGUAAAUCUGGCAUUCUUAAAAAGAGGGUGUCGGCCUCGUGCAAUAAAAAAACUUGUAAAGGGCAAAGUUUCAAGUAAUAAAAAUGACACUCGUAAAAUUAAAAAUGAGAUCAAAAUUUUAAGUUCGUUAUCUCAUGUAAGUUAUUCAAUUUUAUCGUUUCUAGCGUGUUCUUUUAAGUUUUUUCUUACGCAGCCUAAUAUUGUGUCAAUGAUGGAAUUUUUUGAAAAUGACGAGGCUUUUUUUAUUGUUCUCGAAUACAUGGAUGGGGGAACACUCCAUGACAGGAUUCUAAGGAGGGAUUGUAUGUCGGAAAAGGAAGCCAAACUAAUUUUCUAUCAAAUUAUAAGGGCUGUAAAAUAUUUACACGAUAAUGAAAUUACUCAUAGAGAUUUAAAACCUGCAAAUAUAUUGCUAAAUUCAGAUAAUGUGGAAACUGUUGUAAAAGUGUCAGACUUCGGACUCAGCAAAGUGACAGAAAAUGAUACGCUGCUUUUAACUGCUUGUGGCACGCCACAUUUUGUGGCUCCCGAAGUGUGGGUGUACCAAUACCGCGGUAUACCAUAUACCAAAAAAGUUGAUAUUUGGAGUACAGGAGUAAUAUUAUACUAUAUGCUCUCAACGAAAUUACCUUUUGUGCCUGAACAGUCGGACAACUUGCAAAUGUUACGUAACUUAAUCAUUCGUGGAAAGUAUUCUACCAACGGACCAAUAUGGGAAACUAUUUCAAAUGAUGGGAAAUCUAUCUUAGAAAAGAUGUUAACUGUAAGUCCGAACAGUAGGGCGGAUGCAGAGCAAAUUGAAAAACAUUCCUGGCUUCACAAUGAUGUGGAAAUGAAAGAAAAAGUGGUAGCUCUAAUAUCAGACCAAGAACUUGAUGGCUCCAUUGAACAGCCAUGUAAAAGAACACUUGACGACUCCAUUGAACAGCCUUACAAACGAACACGACGAAUUGUAUAAGAAAUCAAAAAGAAUCUUUAUAACAUUUUUAUGUUUACAUUCUUAUUUAAUGUUCCUAUUUAUGUAUAAGUGACCUUUAUUUUUCAUAUUUGUUAUUUUUUUAUUAUAUAUUUUUUUAUACGCUUGUUAUGCACUUUAAUUUGUAAGUUUUUUGUACCAGUGACCAGGUUUUUUGGUUGGUCAUAUUUUUGAUCAUCUUAUUAGUAUUAAUACUUAUUAAUUAACGGUACAAUAGCAUUUAUUGCGGUUUGUGCCAAAAUUGCAUGUAAAUAUUACUUAAAAUUUAGAGUUGUGAUCAGUACAAUUAUACAGGGUGUUCAGGAGAGAGAACGCAAUAAUAUAUUGAAACGUCUCUCCAAUAUAUAUAAUGCACCCAGGUCAUUACUUGUACACCCUGUUGGUGCAUUUUAAGUACUGACCUGUUGUAUUACCAUAUUGUUAGAUAAAUGAAAACGUUCUGUGUUAUUUUGUAUUAAAUUAAGAUAAAUAUAAGAAAAAGUGAGAUA